CUCUUCUGGCACUGCGUUACUACAGUGGGCAGCUUAUCUUGUUAUCGGGUUACAGGGUGCAUGAAAGGGUAUUAUAAAACCUGAAGGCACAGACUCUGUGCUAAACUGUAAACGCAUCAAUGUAAAUGAGAUCAGAUGUCAAUUGUCUUUUCCUGUACCAACAUUUGUAAGCGUUUAAAACACAACGAAAAAGCAUAAUUGUACAUCAUGGGAAAGGAGAAACGUGUGCUUGUGAAACGGCAGCCCUUUUGCACAAUCCUCAAUAAAAUCACUUGUUGCUCAACCGGCCUACCUGACACUGUGCGAAAAUAUGAAAAGAACAACAAAAAUAUUGGAGAUGAAGAUAAAUUAGACAAGGGUGAGAGUGAGGAGGACAGAGAGGCAGAGCCUCCAAGUAACAUCUCAAGUUCCCACUUAACAGAAGACGUCAGUGAUCUUCAUCCUGAGCAACAAGAACCAGAGUCCCUUCACAUUAAAGAAGAGGAGGAGGACUCAUACAUCAAAGAGGAAGAUGGGCCCAUUCAUGUUAAAACGGAGGAGCAAGAGGAAGAAUAUUACCCCCACAUCAAAGAGGAAGAGGAAAAGCACCCUGACCUGGAUGCUAUCAGGAAGUCACCAUUGACCCUUGUUCUCUCAAAGAACGAAGAUGACGACGAGGGUGAGAGUGGGGGCGACGAGGGGGCAGAGCCUUCAAGCAGCAGUUCAAGUCAACGCGUGACAACAGAAGGUGAUGCAGACCGUUGUGGACCGUCACAAUUAGGUGAACGAGCUCCGCUAUCAAAAAGUAACAUGUCACACUUUCCUGAUGUGGAUGAUGAGGAAGAAGAGCAUGGUGAUGAUGAUGAUGAUGAUGAACCCUCAAAAGGUGAUAUGGCAUGUGACACUGAGAACAAAUACUGCAAAUGUUCUUUGUGUGGGAAAACAUUUUCAUCAAAGUGGCAUUUAAAAGUACACACGAGAACUCAUACUGGGGAGAAACCAUUCGGUUGCACUUUGUGCGGUAAAAGAUUUUUAGAAAAGAGUACUUUGGUGAAACACACAAGAACACACACUGAAGAGAAAGCUUUUUCCUGCGCUGUUUGUGGGCAAAGAUUCUCUCAAAGAUCAAGUUUAACAACGCACACAAGAACGCAUACCGGAGAGAAACUUUUUGCCUGCUCCGUGUGUGGCAAAAGAUUCCCUGUGAAGGCACAUUUAACAAGUCACACAAGAACACACACUGGAGAGAAACCAUUCUUGUGCUCACUUUGUGGUAAAAGAUUCAUUGACAAAAGUACUUUGAUAAAACACACAAGAACACACACUGGGGACAAACCUUUUGGCUGCUUAGUUUGUGGGCAAAGAUUUACUCAAAGGUCUAGUUUAACAAUGCAUACAAGAAGACACGCUGGACAGAAACGUUUUACCUGCUCAGAAUGCGGCAAAGGUUUCUCUGACAAGUCAAGUUUAACGAUACACACGCGAAAACACACAGGAGAAAAACCUUUUGCCUGCUCGCUAUGUGGUAAAAGCUAUUCUCAAAAGUCCAGUUUAACAAUGCACUCAAGAACACACAGUGGAGAGAAACUUUUCGCCUGCUCCGUUUGUGGCCAAUGCUACUCUCAAAAGGCCAGUUUAAUUCUGCACACAAGAACACACACCGGAGAGAAACUUUUCCCAUGCUUAGUAUGUGGCAAAAGCUUCACCGUAAAAUCACGUCUGACAGCGCACGCAAGAACACACAGUGGAGAGAAACCAUUCCCGUGCUCAGUUUGUGGCAACAGCUUCUCUACAAAGUCAGGUUUAAACAAACAUACCAGAACGCAUUGGUGAGGAACAAUUAAGGUCUGGUGGGGUUUUUAUUUUCCAAGUUAUAUUAAGUGCCGGGAUUGUGAUGGUCAGAGAGACAACACUGCCCCAAUGAAGCUGCAGCAGAAACUGACCAUUUUGUAAUAACCCUUUAGCUUCUAGCCAGUCAAUUACUCUGUCACAGAUAAAAUCAUCUCCAUGAGGUGUUAAUCAGAUGUUACUGUUCCAAAAUUCAAGACGAGCACUAACUCCCAUCUUCCUACCCUAAAUUGCUUGAAAACAUACCUGUGAGAUCACCUACAGUUUGUAAAUGUUGAGAACAAAGAUUUGCUUGUAAAAUUCAGAUACGGUGUCCCGCAGGGGUCCGUACUUUGACAAGUACUCUUUAGUCUACUGUAUAUGCUUCCCUUGUGCAGUACUAUUCAAAAACUCAUCAAUUUCCACUGCUAUGAUGAUGACACACAACUCUACCUAUCUAGGAAACCUGAGCAAACGAAUGCAUUGACCAGAAUUUAGCCUUUAGUGCUCUCUCUCAAAAAGUCUCAAGAGCAGCAUUCUUUCACAUAAAAAAAGAAGAAAUUUCUUACCAAUAGCUGAUAAUUUGUAAAACCUGAUUGAACUAAUCCACACUGAUUAGCCCUUAUCGCCAUUGAGGGGCGAAAAUGGCGACUGUUGGCAAAGGUAGUAAAAUGCAUGUUCACAUCAGAAUUCGUCAGAGUGUGUUCAAUGGGUUAGCGUUACUCUUUUGCUAAGUGUGGCCUUGGACCUGCUCCAUGUGUAAAGGACCCUGAGAGAAAUGGUCUUGUGAUUUGUCACGAAUAUAGAAAUAAAAUUGAAUGGUGGCUGUGUUGAGAAGCACCGAUUCGUUCUUGAGAUUCCUCAGCCACUACAGGAAUAUUUUGCAAUAGUGGGCUAUGCAGUUUAUACCCCAGUAAAAUGUUGUAGUUGUUGUGUGAAGUUAUUCAAAUGGGUAUUGGACAGAACUGACAGUAACAUUUACUUCGAUACUUAUAAACACGUGUUGGGUAUUUUAUGACGAGUCUUCUUUUCCACAAAUAUUUCUAGGUCUAGUCUAGUCCAGAGUGGGUGUAGUUAUGCUACUUGUGACUGUCUGUUAUCUCCGAUAUAUUGUGCUUUGCGUUAAGGUGCCUAAAAAUAAUUAAUUUUGAUUUUGUCAUAUACGGCGAAUACAAUACACGUUUUCAUUUCCCUCACAGGAUGAAUAAAUUACCAACUAACAACCAAAUGACGAUCUAUCUGUCCUUUCUGUUCAUCUAGCCACGAUU